UGCUCUUACAGAUACUGCUUCUUGAUGGGAAACGAAGUAUGAAUGUAAACAUCUUUCUGAAGCAGUUUAAGUGCAGCCACAUGGAAAUUGUAUCAAUGAUAGAGAGGGGUGAUGUAGAAAUUAUCGGCAAAGAGCGUCUACUGGGGUUACAGAAAAUACUCCCAAAGGAAGAAGAGGUUAGUAUGCUUGAAGAAUUCGAGGGAGAUAAAGAGAAACUUGGGAAUGCAGAGAAAUUCUAUUUAAAAUUGAUCAAGCUACCUGCCUACAGAAUUCGAAUCGACGGACUUGUUCUAAAGGACGAGUUUGGAGACACAAUGGCUAAUCUUUUACCAAAUGUCAGUGCCGUGAUUGAAACAUGCAAAUGUCUUCUGGAAAACGAGUCUCUCAAAGUGUUUCUACGCUAUGUUCUACAUACUGGAAAUUUCAUGAAUGCGGGUGGGUAUGCAGGCAACGCGAUGGGUUUCCGGAUAAAUUCCUUAAAUAAAUUGAUGGAUACAAGAUCCAAGAAGCCAAGUGUAACUCUUUUGCAUUUUCUCGUUGAGGAGGCCGAAAAAGUGGACACGGCAGCUCUAGCUUUUGUUGAGGAGAUGACUCCAUGUUUAACUGUUGCAUCAAAUUUGACUGUGGACUCAUUGGCAGCGGAGAUUAAAGAAGUAAAAGAUAAAGUUAAGAGUCUGAAAAAAGGCCUGAAAAAGAGUCCCAGUGACGUCAAUGAUCAACUUAAAACAUUUGUACAGGCAGCAGAAAAGGAAAUGGCGUCAUUGGAUGAGAGUUUAGAGAAAAUAACAGAACUGACGAAGAAAAUUGUUUGUUACUUCUGUGAAAAAGAGAAAAGUUUUAAAUUAGACGAGUGCAUUCACGACAUGAAUUCAUUCUGUGAUAAUAUUAAACGGUGUCAAAAGGAAAAUUUACAGAGAAAACAUCGAGAAGAAAAAGCAGAGCGCAGGAAAAAGCGGGAACAGGGAAUGACAAAGAAACAUGCAGAGCAUACUUCAGCAAAGAAAGAGUCAGUGGAGGAAGAUUGUAUUAUAGAUCGAUUACUAAAGGAUAUUCGAAAUGGACACAAGCUACGACAUACAAGACAAUAGACAUUGUAAAAAAAAAGAAAAAAAUCUUCUUUCAGUCAAAACCUUUUGAAAUUAAAUCAUACAUACAUUUGACAAUGUCUGAUUGACAAUAUCUUUGUGUUUAGGGACCAGUUCUUAAAACAUUCUAUUUGGAUUCUCAUGAGACAUUGUUUUUGACUUUUUGACAAUGUUUAUUAAUAACUCUAUUCCGUGGCGAUUAACAUACUGCGUUUUAAAUUGGCUAACACGAGUUUCAUUCAAAUGGGAUGAAACUUCAUACAUAGAUAAAAUAAACACUAAG